AUGUCUGCCCCCAUCAAGUCUGCUGCCCAGAAGUCCGGUGUUGAAGAACAGGUCGAGGCCAAGAUCCACCGUAUCCGCAUCACCUUGACUUCCCGCAACGUCAAGAACCUCGAGAAGGUCUCUGCCGAUCUUAUCCAGCGCGCCAAGGACAAGCAGCUUAAGGUCAAGGGUCCCGUCCGUCUCCCCACCAAGGUCCUCCGCAUCACCACCCGUAAGUCUCCUUGCGGUAACGGUUCCGAGACCUUCGACCGCUUCGAGAUGAGAAUCCACAAGCGUUUGAUCGACUUGCACUCUCCCUCCGAGAUCGUUAAGCAGAUCACCUCCAUCUCCAUCGAGCCCGGAGUUGAGGUUGAGGUCACCAUUGCCUAAACGUCUCUCAAAAAAAUAAUACAAAUUAUAUUAUUUUAGACAUUCUAAAACAAUAAAAAAAACAUUAC